GAGAAAUAAAAGAGGAAAUAUAUAUUAAAAAAAAUUCUGUGCUGUCACGAAGAGGAGGAAUAGGAAGCGGCUCCCCGUCUCUUUUAUAUCCCCGGGAAUCCGUCUCGGCUGGGGUUCGGGCUGCGUCUGAGGCGCAGAGUUCCCGCUCCGCUCCCCCGGCGGCCGGUUCGCCGCGCUCCUGAUCAAGCCAGGCAAGGAACGCUCUCUCUUAUGAGAGGAUCAAUGUCCAACUAUCACGACGACCACGUCGAAGAGAUGGAGGACGAUUACGACAUGAAUGAUCCCACUGAUGACAUGGUCGAUGAGCAUCAGGAGCGAGGGAUUAGGGACUCUGAUUCGGACGAUGAUGAAUAUGGGCAUUCGCACGAUAAGAUCCCAGAUACUUCAUCAGCAGAUGCAAGAAAAGGAAAAGACAUUCAAGGAAUACCAUGGGAGAGGCUAGCUAUAACUCGUGAAAAAUACAGACAGACCAGAUUAGAACAAUACAAAAAUUAUGAGAAUGUACCUAAUUCUGGAGAAGAAGCAAUAAAGGAUUGCAAACCAACAGAGAAAGGUGGAAUGUAUUAUGAAUUCAGACGAAAUACUAGAUCAGUAAAAUCAACUAUCCUACAUUUUCAGCUGAGAAAUUUGGUAUGGGCUACAUCCAAGCAUGAUGUCUACUUAAUGUCGAACUACCAAAUUCUUCACUGGUCGGCAUUGAGUGGUGUGGAUACUGAACUUAUGAACGUCCAAGGACAUGUGGCACCAAGGGAGAAGCACCCUGGAAGUUUAUUAGAGGGUUUUUCUCAGACUCAAGUUAGUACCUUGGCGGUCAAGGACGAUUUGCUGGUAGCUGGCGGUUUUCAAGGAGAGCUAAUCUGCAAACACCUCGAUCGGGAAGGAAUAAGUUUUUGCUGUCGAACAACGUAUGAUGAUAAUGCUAUUACGAAUGCGGUUGAGAUAUUCAAUACCUCUAGUGGCGCCGUUCACUUCAUAGCGUCAAAUAAUGACUCUGGUGUGAGAGACUAUGACAUGGAGAGAUUCCAGCUCUGCAAGCAUUUUCAGUUUGAAUGGCCAGUGAAUCAUACUUCAUUGAGUCCUGAUAGAAAGGUGGUUGUUAUUGUGGGGGAUGACCCUGAUGGUUUACUUAUCGAUGCUAAUUCUGGAAAGACUCUUCAUUCCAUGAAAGGCCAUCGGGACUACUCAUUUGCAUCAGCUUGGAGCCCAGAUGGACGGACAUUUGCUACUGGGAACCAAGACAAGACAUGCCGAAUUUGGGAUGUGAGGAAUCUUUCAAAGUCCGUCCAUGUUUUGAGGGGUAACCUUGGAGCCAUUCGGUCGAUACGCUUCACCUCAGAUGGCCAGUUCAUGUCAAUGGCAGAACCAGCUGACUUUGUGCACAUCUACGACGUGAAGAGCGAUUACAACAGAAGGCAAGAGCUGGACUUCUUCGGCGAGAUAUCUGGCACGUCUUUCAGCCCGGACAACGACACCCUUUUUGUUGGGGUGUGGGAUAGAACAUAUGGCAGCCUGCUUCAGUUCGGCCGCCUGUACAACUACUCGUAUCUUGACUCCCUGUUUUGAUGUGGAACCAAAACGGAUGUUGGUGGUCCUGAUGCACCUCAGCUGCUCUGAAUCAUGUCAGCAUAAAUUUAGGUGGUAUCCUUAAAUCAGAAUUUUAAGUUGACCUGAUUGUUCAAUUAAUAAAUGGUGUAUCCUGCUCGAUGUGUAUAUAAAGAAAUGUACAGAUGCCUAUAUAGCCCUCAUGGGAUAAGGCGCA